AUGCUGUUGACGCUCUCCAUGACGGGUAUCACCUUCUGCGGUGCUGAUGUAGGUGGCUUCUUUGGGAACCCCUCCGAGGAGUUACUGGUCCUCACUUUCGCAUGCUAUGAAUUGCCGUCUAUCAUUCCACCUUUUAGAGAGGCCCUCCGGUUGCGUUACUCCCUCCUACCCUACUGGUACACGCUGUUUGCACGCAGCGAAUUCGAUGCCCAGCCACCCAUGGCGCCGCUGAUGUUCCACUUCCCCACCGAUCCGGCCACUUUUGGCCUUGACAAUGAGCACAUGGUGGGCGAGGCCCUGCUAGUUCACCCUGUGGUCCACGAGGGUGCAAUGAGUGUGGACGCAUAUCUGCCCCGGGGCACCUGGUAUCUGCACAAUGAAUGGAAGGUUUACCAGGGUGGAAAGUCAGUCUCACUGCCUGUCGAUUUGGGCACAAUUCCCGUCUUCCAUCGCGGUGGCUUCAUUGUCCCCAAGAAGGCCCGCACCCGUCGCUCAUCUGGCCUCAUGGUCAACGACCCCUACACCCUGGUCAUCUCCCUGGCUCCCGAGCUCUCCAACAGCGCUACCGGUUACCUCUACCUCGACGACUUCCACUCUGUCGAUGUGUCCACCAGC